AUGCCACCAAAGAAAGGGAAACAAAAAGAACCAGCUCCAAAGAAGGAUGCUAAGAAGAAUGCUGCAGAUAAAACCUUCGGUAUGAAAAAUAAAAAUAGAUCCACUAAAGUUCAACAAUAUAUUAAACAAGUUGAAACUCAAGUAUCAGAAGCACAGAUGAAGAAGAAUGCUGCAAUGGCAAAACGUAAAGCUGAAGAGAAGAAGGCUGCUGAACUAGCAAAGAUGGAAGCUCAAAGAUUAUUAAAUAUGCAAGUUGAACAAAAAGUUCCAUUUGGUGUUGAUCCAAAAACUGUUUUAUGUGUUAAUUUCAAAAAUGGUAACUGUCCAAGAGGUGCUAAAUGUAAAUUCAGUCAUGAUAUGAAUGUUGGUAAGAAAGCUACAAAGAAAGAUUUAUAUACUGAUGACCGUGCAUUAAAAGAAGCUGAUACUAUGGAUAAAUGGGAUGAAGAAAAAUUAAGAAGUGUUAUUAAAUCCAAACAUGGUAAUCCAAAGACCACCACUGAUAAGGUUUGUAAAUUUUUCAUCGAAGCUGUUGAAAAUGGUAAAUAUGGUUGGUUUUGGGUUUGUCCAAAUGGUGGUACUGAAUGUAAAUAUAGACAUUCUUUACCAGAAGGUUUUGUUUUGAAGACAAAAGAACAAAAAAGAAUGGAAAAAAUGGAAUUGGAAAGUCAACCAAAGAUUACAUUGGAAGAAUUUUUAGAAACCGAAAGACAUAAAUUACCAAAAACUGGAUUAACCCCAAUCACAGUGGAAACUUUUGCUAGAUGGAAAGAGAAUAACAAGAUUAAAAAAUUAAAUGAUAAAGAGAAAGAUGGAAAGAAAUUAACAGGUCGUGAAAUCAUUGAAAAGAAAUUCUUGGAUAAAAACUAUUAUGAAAAUGAAGAUGAUGCUUCACAAGCAUUUGAUCUAUCAGAAUUUCGUAAAGAAUUGGAGCCUGAAGAUGACAACAUUAAAGAUUAUGGUGAUGGUAAGAAUGUUUCAUUUGAAACUAAAGAA